AUUAUUUAUUUCAGAUGAAAAUGAAUAUGAAACCCUUUUAGCCAAACAAUCAAUGUCAAUACAUGUGCUGGCCCUUUUCCUCAACCAGAAACGGAGUCACAUCCCGAGGUUAUUUGGGUUUUCAGAAGUUAUUGUCCCUGAAUUUAAUAGCAAACAAUUCUUGAGACACUUUCGAGUGAGUACUGAAAGUUUUAACAUAAUAUUGAUUAGAGUGGUAAAUUUGCUUGACGAAAAUCUAUGGCCAGGUGGUUCUGAACCAAUCUCACCGAAAAAACAGCUGCUUAUUUUCCUUUGGUACAUGGCUAACCAGGAAAGCUUACGAGAGGUUGGGAAUACGUUUGCAGUUGGUGUGACAACAGUAAACGAGAUAGUUGCGAAAGUAUCGACGGCUGUAAAUGGAAACCCAAUUGAUGUUAUAAAUUGGCCUGAUGCUCAGACACAGAACGCCCUGUCAAGAGAUUUUCAAAUACUAUCUGGCGUACAAGAUAUAGUUGGUUGCAUUGAUGGAUCUCAUAUUCGGCUGUCAGCGGCUCCUGGUGGCGAUAACGAUUACUACAACCGUAAACAUUUUCCAUCAGUCCAAUUACAGGUUGUUGCCGAUGGGGACAUGCUCAUACGUGACGCAUACACUGGGUGGCCAGGAUGCACGCAUGACGCUAGAGUCCUUCGUAAUUCGUCAUUAUUUGAGAAGGCUGAACAUGGACAAAGUGUGACACCAGGGAAGUUCAUAGUUGGUGAUAGUGCAUACCCACUUAGAAACUGGUUAGUUACACCUUUUAGAGACAAUGGUAGGUUGAAUGCUCAGCAAAGGCGAUUUAACCAAAGACUGUCUUCGGCAGGAGUGGUUGUUGAGCGCGUAUUUGGACACCUUAAAGGAAGAUUUCGAAGGCUGCGAGAAUUAUCAGUUCGGAAAUUGGACAGAAUUGUUAUGCUUAUAAUAUCGGGAUGUGUACUUCACAAUUUGUGCGUCUUACAUCAUGAUGAUGUAGAAGCAUUUAUUGAUGACGAUCAGGAUGGCCAUCCAAAUGCCUAUCCCAACAUAUAUAUUAACAGAGGGGAUGGUGUAGCGUUUCGGCAGCAUAUCAUGAACAUUAUGCAGAUGUGAACUUGCCCUUAUUUGGGAAAUUAAUUCCCUGACAUGUUUGAUAAAUAAAUCCAAAACAGUUUUCAUAAAUGUAUGUCCAUUUACUGUAUAAAAUAAUACAAGAAAUCAAAAGGAUACUACAUUG